CCAAACCCAGUCUUCUCUCUGCUAAGGGUGGUUUCGGUUGCGACACAGUCCAGGUUCCCAGGCAGGAACCGCUUGGUCUGUCUGUUUUGCUUCUUUUCACUGAGGAGGUGGUGGAAGGUGUCGCCUGGCCUAUGCUGCCUGAGAAAGGGUGGCUGGCUGAGCCGGCAGCCCCCGCCCUAGGCCUGGCUCUUCCCGGCCUCUGUACUUUGCCCUCGCUGCCUGACAGGUUCUGCUGAAUGGAAGUCGCUGAUAGUCCUUGUCCCCUUCUUCAGCUUGCCCACCUUGGGACACCUUGAUUCCAAGCCCAGCAGUAAAUCCAACAUGCUGCGGGGCCGCAACUCAGCCACCUCUGCUGAUGAGCAGCCCCAUAUUGGCAACUACCGGCUCCUUAAGACCAUUGGCAAGGGUAACUUCGCCAAGGUGAAGUUGGCCCGGCACAUCCUGACGGGGAAAGAGGUAGCUGUGAAGAUCAUUGACAAGACUCAGCUGAACUCCUCCAGCCUUCAGAAACUAUUCCGAGAAGUAAGAAUAAUGAAGGUUUUGAAUCAUCCCAACAUAGUUAAGUUAUUUGAAGUGAUCGAGACUGAGAAGACCCUCUACCUUGUCAUGGAGUAUGCCAGUGGUGGAGAGGUAUUUGAUUACCUGGUGGCCCAUGGCAGAAUGAAAGAAAAAGAAGCUCGAGCCAAAUUCCGCCAGAUAGUGUCUGCUGUGCAGUACUGUCACCAGAAGUUUAUUGUUCAUAGAGACCUAAAGGCAGAAAACCUGCUCUUGGAUGCUGAUAUGAACAUCAAGAUUGCAGACUUUGGCUUUAGCAACGAAUUUACCUUUGGGAACAAGCUGGAUACUUUCUGUGGCAGUCCUCCCUAUGCUGCCCCAGAACUCUUCCAGGGCAAAAAAUAUGAUGGACCCGAGGUAGAUGUAUGGAGCCUAGGUGUCAUCCUCUAUACACUGGUCAGCGGAUCCCUGCCUUUUGAUGGACAGAAUCUCAAGGAGCUUCGGGAGCGGGUACUGAGGGGAAAAUACCGUAUUCCGUUCUACAUGUCCACUGACUGUGAAAACCUACUUAAGAAAUUUCUCAUUCUUAAUCCCAGCAAGAGAGGCACUUUAGAGCAAAUUAUGAAAGAUCGAUGGAUGAAUGUGGGGCACGAAGACGAUGAACUGAAGCCUUAUGUGGAGCCACUCCCAGACUACAAGGACCCCAGGCGGACAGAGUUGAUGGUGUCCAUGGGUUAUACACGGGAAGAGAUCCAGGACUCACUGGUGGGUCAGAGGUACAACGAGGUGAUGGCCACAUAUCUGCUUCUGGGCUACAAGAGCUCUGAGCUGGAAGGUGACACCAUUACCUUGAAAGCCCGGCCUUCAGCUGAUCUGAGCAACAGCAGUGCCCCAUCCCCAUCUCACAAGGUACAGCGCAGUGUCUCUGCCAACCCCAAGCAGCGGCGCUCCAGCGACCAAGCCGUUCCUGCCAUUCCCACCUCUAAUUCCUACUCCAAGAAGACUCAGUGUAACAAUGCAGAAAAUAAGCGGCCUGAGGAGGAACGGGAGACAGGGCGGAAAGCCAGCAGCACCGCCAAAGUGCCUGCCAGCCCCCUGCCUGGCCUGGAAAGGAAGAAAACCACCCCUACCCCAUCCACGAACAGCGUCCUCUCCACCAGCACAAACCGAAGCAGGAACUCCCCACUUUUAGAGAGGUCCAGCCUUGGCCAGGCCUCCAUCCAGAACGGUAAAGACAGCCUAACCAUGCCAGGGUCUCGGGCCUCCACGGCUUCUGCUUCUGCCGCAGUCUCUGCGGCCCGGCCCCGCCAGCACCAGAAAUCCAUGUCGGCCUCUGUGCACCCCAACAAGACCUCUGGGUUGCCCCCCACGGAGAGUAACUGUGAGGUGCCACGGCCCAGCACAGCCCCUCAGCGUGUUCCUGUCGCCUCCCCCUCCGCCCACAACAUCAGCAGCAGUGGUGGAGCCCCAGACCGAACCAAUUUCCCCCGAGGUGUGUCCAGUCGAAGUACCUUCCAUGCUGGGCAACUCCGACAGGUGCGGGACCAGCAGAAUUUGCCCUAUGGUGUGACUCCAGCCUCUCCCUCUGGCCACAGCCAGGGCCGGCGAGGGGCCUCUGGCAGCAUUUUCAGCAAGUUCACCUCCAAGUUUGUCCGCAGAAAUCUGUCUUUCAGGUUUGCCAGAAGGAACCUGAAUGAACCUGAAAGCAAAGACCGAGUGGAGACACUCAGACCUCACAUGGUAAGCAGUGGAGUCAAUGACAAAGAAAAGGAAGAAUUUCGGGAGGCCAAGCCGCGCUCACUGCGUUUCACGUGGAGUAUGAAGACCACAAGUUCCAUGGAGCCCAAUGAGAUGAUGCGGGAGAUCCGCAAGGUGCUGGACGCAAACAGCUGCCAGAGUGAGCUGCACGAGAGAUACAUGCUGCUAUGCAUGCACGGGACACCAGGCCAUGAGAACUUUGUGCAGUGGGAGAUGGAGGUGUGCAAACUGCCCCGGCUGUCUCUCAAUGGUGUUCGGUUUAAGCGGAUAUCAGGCACCUCCAUGGCCUUCAAAAACAUUGCCUCCAAAAUAGCCAAUGAGCUGAAGCUUUAACAGGCUGCCAGGAGGGGGGCAGCAGAGACCAGCCAGUGGACUUGCUGCUGGGCCAACCCUGCAUUCCCCCUGGGAAAACUGCAGGGUGGAUUGGUGUGUCUCCCCUGCUGGCACUUGUCCUCUCCCAAGCCCUUCUCAGUUUUUUUCUUCCAUGUUUGUGGGAGAUGGGAAAUGUUUUUCCCCCCCCUCACAUUCACCCUUGCCCCAAGUUCCCCUUUCCCUCUCCCCCUACAGGAGGCAAAGGAAGGGGAGGGGUGGGGGGGUGUCAGGGCUCCCCUCGGUACUGCGGUUGCACAGAGUAUUUCGCCUAAACCAAGAAAUUUUUUAUUACCAAAAAGAAAAAAAGAAAAAAAAAAUCCCAGCGGCCACCUUUCCUCCCUGCCCCAUUGGGACAGUCGAGACUGGAUCUGUGGGGUUCCUGGGAGGGUGGCUCAGGGCUGGAACACUCUCAGGCAAGAGUGGUGGAGUUCCCUGGCAGGCCCUCCGCCAGGCCCUCUUUGGGCUCCCCCCCCUUCUCCUCCAAGUGACCCACCAGAGGUGGCCUUCCCCUGCCCUCAGGUCCUGGGUGCUGGGGCUGGGUGGGGAUGCUGCACAGCCCUGGCAAGAGGGGACAGUUGUGGGGCCUGGCUCCCUCCACACUGUGUCCUCCACCUCUCCUUUCCCAGAGCUGGGCAUUUCCUUCCACGCUGCUGUGGGGACGUUUGUCCCUCUCCUCAAAAGUCUGUGCCAUCUUCUCCGGCGAAGGCGGGGCUGAGCCCAGGGCUGGGAGAGGGGAGGGGACUGCCAGCCACUGGGCUCUCAGCCCCCAGGGAGCCGCUUGGGAACAGGGACUCAGGCUUCUCCCUUCUGGAAGAGCCUUUGUCUGAAAGCACAGCCUCUCACCAUCCCCUUCCUGCUGCUUCCCCUUCAUUGGCAUUAGUCUGGGCACCACUCUCAUCUCUCAGCCUUGCCUUUUCUUCCUGACACUGUCGCCCCUCCUCUCAGGAGACUGCUCAGGGCCUCCAUGGCCACCUGGCUGAAGGCUGGAUUGGGCGGCAGGGCUGGGAGCCUCUGCCCUACCAGGGGUGGGGGACACAUGGGUGAAGUGACUCCCCGCUUUGCUAACCUAACCUCCACGGCCAGUGUGUGAGUGGGUGGCUAUGGGCGCUUGGCUGGUGGCGGCCACUGCAUCCCUUAAUUUAUUUCUCUGCUGUUUCAGUUCUUGAGAAAUUGGGGAAGUCCUACAGAGGCUGCCCCUGCCCUCACCUGAGUUGUACAUUUUUUUUUUGUGAUGGGUUUUAUUUUUAUUAUUAUUAUUUUUGGUUUUUUUUUUUUUUUUGAUUUAUGACUCCAACCCUGUUCUUCACCCCGGCUUCCAAGCCAGGCUCAGCCACUUGUCGAGCCCUUGAGUUCCACAAAGGGGCCUCGCCAACCUCAGCCCUCCAGCCCUGUCCUCCACUGGCUUAGACCAAGGGCUCCUCCUCCCUUUCCCCUCCUACCCUAAGGAACAGCCCGGGUGCUCCAAGGGGGCCGGGAGGGCGUGGCUUGGCUCCCAAAGGGGUGAGAGCCAGGGGCACCCAGGCAAGGUAGCCCCUCCCUGCCUAGCCCCCCUUCUCUCCCACCCUGCACUUAGUUUCUCCUCUGGAUCAAACACGUAAUAAAGAGAAUGUUUGGAAUCUGA